AUAUUGUGGCGACUGCAGUAAGUCAGCCACCACUUGUGCGUGAUGCUCACGGAGGAAGAGCUGCCCGGUUGUUGUUGCCCAAAGCAUUUGCCUUGCUCGGAGAGCAGUUGCAUUGGCAUAGCGUUGCUUCUCUGCAGCAUGGGCAGCCCUUUCUUUGGCCACGGUGGCCUCCAGCUCAGCCUGAGCAUUCUCUGCUCUUUCUCGAGCUUUUUUCGCUUCUGCGCGAGUCUUUUCAGCCUCAACUUGAACCUUCUCCGCUUCUGCUCGAGCCCUCUCAGCCUCAGCUCGAGCCUUUUCUGCUCCGACUCAAGCAGCCCGCUCUUGCUCAAGCAACUCCUCAUUCUCCUUCAGCGCGUUUAUUCAUCAUGUCGUUCAAUCCGUUGUCUGUUAUCCUAAAAGAAAAUCAACUCACCGGUCCUAAUUACAUUGAUUGGAAAAGGAACUUAGACAUAGUGUUGACUGCUGAAAGCUAUAAGUAUGUGCUGACUGAGGCUUGUCCUGAUGUGCCGGCUGAUAAUGCCCCAGAUGAGGAGAAACAGGAGUAUGCUCGGUGGAAGAAGGCUGAUGAAAUGGCGAAGUGUUACAUUCUGGCUUCUAUGUCAAAUGUCCUUCAACAUCAGCAUCAGUCAAUGGCCACUGCUGCAGAUAUGCUUCUGAACCUCAAGGAACUGUUUGGGCAUCAGUCAAGGGCUGUAAGACAAGAGGCUUUAAGUUCUCUGAUGAACACGCGCAUGGCAGAGGGUACACCCGUAAGGGAUCAUGCUCUCAAGGUCAUGGCGCAGCUGAGUGAGCUAGAGGUUCUUGGAGGUUUUAUUGAUGGGGAAACCCAG